AUUGCGACACAACCACCCACCUCGGCGGCUCUUCUUGAUUUUCGCCGGUAUGCGCUCAAAUAAUAUGUCGAGAUUUAGCCAGCGACGUGCAGCACACCCCUGGGCAGUUUAAGCCUAAAUGCAACGCAACCGUGGUGGGACAAGCGAGUGUGGGGAAGCCGUUUGGCAACAAGGCGUGCGGCCUCGGUGUUACUUGCUUGUCUGGACGGUGAUGGCGGUGAAGAUAUAUGAGGCGUUGCCGCCCAAGAUCGACCCGGCCUUGCAGCCACCACACCUUCCCUCUCCCCGGUACUCGGCUCUGGUUCCAAGUAAUCCCGUGCCGGUCGGACGCCCUCGGAACCCUACGGUUCCUACGUCUUCGCCAUGGCGUGGAUAAGACCUGGAACGCUGGUCACUUUCGUGACCUUGCUUUCCUUAUGGUCGAGUUUUGUAUUUGGGCUUGCCAUCGACGUUGCGGGGUACAGUGGUCAAGUGGCCAAACGUGCCGACCCAAACUUGGCUGGAUACUUGGGAGUGUUCUUCCUUGGGGCCGACCCCUACGUAUACUUCUACCUCAGCAAUGGCAACGACCCUCUCUUCUUCCGGGCUCUGAACAGGGGUUCGCCCGUCAUAAGGCCGACCAAAGGGACGGGGGGUGUCCGGGACCCGACCAUUAUUUCGGGAGGUGGAAGUGAAGCUGGAAAGAAGUGGUACAUAAUAGGGACGGACUUGAACAUUGGGAAGACAACAUGGGAUGCAGCACAGCGAACCGGUUCGAGAGGGAUCUUUGUUUGGGAGAGCACUGACCUGAUCAACUGGGGGAACGAGAGGCUUGUCGUCGUGGAAGAUGCCACUGCCGGCAUGGUAUGGGCCCCAGAGGCGAUCUGGGAUCCCGCAAAAGAGCAAUACCUGGUUCACUGGGCGUCCAAAUUUUACCCCACCUCCGAUCCCCGACACACCGGCUCCCCCUCCAACAUCCGCAUCCGCUACGCCUACACGAGCGACUUCAAAACCUUCACCGCCCCGCAGACCCUCAUCGACAAGAACCCGACCAACAUCAUCGACCUGAACUUCGUCCCCCUCGACGGCACCAACUCAACCUCCUUCCUCCGCUUCAUGAAAGACGAGACCCGAAAGACAGUCUUCGUCGAGGUCUCCGAGAACGGGCUCUUCGGCACCUGGACCCGGCCCGGCGGCGACGGCGCCAUAAUCCAGCAGGGCGUGGAGGGCCCCGCGGCAUACCUAGACAACACGGACCCUGGGAAGGUGCACCUGCUGUUGGACUUUUAUGGCGAGGAUGGGUACCGUCCGUUCGAGAGCACCAACCCGAAGAGUAACAGUGGCUGGACGGCGAGUAACAGGGGUGCGUUUCCGAGGAAUUUGAGGCAUGGGAGUGUGUUGCCCGUCGAGGGUGGGGCUUAUGAGGCGCUGGGGGCGAGGUGGGGGUAGGGAUGUGAGAUUGGGAGGGGGGUGGUUAACGGGUUGGUGAGAGGGAAGUCGAGGGCUGUUAAGAGGGGGAAUAGUGCGGAAUACUGGGGACCUGUUGCUGCUCACCGAAACGAUCGCAUGUCUUUGG